ACUGCAUAGAACCAUAAAACGGGAAGAUCCAUCAUCUGUUUUAUUUAUUCUUCAAAAUAAACAAUGCGACGUAUCGCUCUGCACUAUGAAUUCCAACGACACCCCUCUUCAUUUAAUAGCUGGAGGAAGUAUAAAAGACUCUUGUACAAUCGUUAACAAACUUUUGGAAAAGGAUGUAAACAUUAACGCCCAAAACAAACAGGGAUUAACGGCUCUUCACGUCGCUAUUAUGUCCAACAACGAUCCAGUUUUUUCGUUGUUGCUAGAACAACCACUUGUUGAUAUAAAUUUAAAAUCAAAUGACGAACACACCCCUUUGUAUUACGCCCUUGUAAAAUACCAAUCGGGCGAUCGAAGUCCAGAAAGUUAUGCUUCGAGAUUAAUUAAAAAGGGAGCUAAAACUAAUCCAAUUUAUUUAAAAAAUGGUAAUAGCUUGUUACAAACACUAAUUAUGGAAGGAGCUGAAGAUGCUGCGAUAUUUUUAUCGAAUUAUGAUAACAAUCUCGAUCAUGUUAAUGAAAACGGAGAGUCCGUUAUUCACACGGCAUGCUUGAAAAAUUGUCCCUUAUUAGUAAAUUCACUUCUCUCUUGCGGAAUGAACGCAAAUUUGCUAACAAACGAUUUAAUGCGGUCUCCACUCCACUAUGCUGUUCUUGGAAAUUCGGCAGACUGCAUUAAAUGCUUCAUAAAAACCAACGAAACUUUAAUAGCAGGUAAUAAGGAAGUGAUGAUAAAUUUUAAUUUAAAAGAUAUCAAUGGCGAUACACCUUUAAGUCUAUCCUUAAAUGAAAACCGUAAGGAUUUACUACCUUUAUUAAUGGAAGGAAAGGGUGACAUUAACAUUAGAAAUUCCAGAGAUUUGACCCUGCUUCAUCAGGCGAUCUUAAAUGAAGAUUCUGACACUGCGCUCUUCUUACUAGAACACGGCGCAGACGUUAAUGCAAUAACUUCAGACGGCGAAACACCUUUACAACUGGCAAUACACUGUCGACUUCCAGAAGUUGUUGAUGCGUUAUGUUCAGAGGGCGUGGAUAUGUCAGCCCCCGAUAGAACAGGGAAUUGUCCAUUGUGGGUGGCGUUAGAUUCCAAUCAAGAAAAUAUAGCCAGUAUCUUGGUCAGACAUGGGGCGGAUACAGAUUGUUGGGGUCCAGGGCCCGAAGGGUGUCGACAAACCCUUUUGCACAAGGCUAUCGAAGAAAAUAGAGAAUCGAUUGCUAUUUUCCUGAUACAAUCAGGUUGCGAUUUAGAUUCCCCUCAGCUCCCAGGACCCAAUGGAGCAGGAGCGGAAAUAGCGAAGGAGAAAGCGUCACCCUUACAUAUGUGUUGUCAGUGGGGAUUGCAGACAGUUAUUCAGGCAUUAAUUGAGCAUGGAGCAAACAUAGACAGUCGCGACGUAGACGGUAAAACCCCAUUGCACAUAGCAAUAGAAAAUCAACAUGCGGCGAUUAUUAAUUUGCUCUUGUGUGUACCAAAUAUUGAUCUAAGUUUGAGAGAUAGAAAAGGAUCAAGUCCGUUUGCUACUGCCCUCACCGUAAGAAAUAAUAAGGCUGCCCAAGCUAUUCUUGAUAGAUUUCCAUCAGCUGCAGAACAAUUUGAUAGCAAGGGAAAUAAUUUCCUGCAUACUGCUAUUAAACGAGGAGAUAAAGAGAGCAUUUUGUUCUUAUUAUCUAUACACGUAGACGUAAACUCGCGCGUUCAAGAUCCCACAUUAAUAACACCCCUUCAUUUGAUGGCAAAAUAUGGCGAUGAAAUGCUGGUUAGAAGCUUAAUAAUUGCUGGAGCACGAAUUGAAGACCGAGACGCUCAAAAAAAUACAGCACUUCAUGUGGCAGCAGAAGCUGGAAAUGCAGAAGUCGCAUCCGGAUUGAUUCAAAGCGGAAUAGAUGUCGACGCCUGUAAUCAUGAUGGUGAUAACGCACUUCAUAUUGCUGUACGUGAAGGACAUUUGAAUGUUGUCAAAGUGCUAUUAACAGAGUCAAAUAUAGAUGCUGAACAUUUAAACAUAAAAGGACGUAAUCCUCUUCACGAGUUGUGUCGUUGUGGAAAGGAAAAUGCAGCUGCUAUAUGUGAUUUCUUUCUGGAAUGUAUGCCAGAGUACCCUAUAAACAAACCCGAUUUAGAUGGCAAUACUCCGUUAUUAUUGGCAUACAUGAAAGGGAAUGGUAAUUUGUGCCGAAUUCUAGUAAAGGCAAAUGCGUGCUUAGCUGCCGAAAAUAACGAAAGGGUUACCAUUUUUAAUUAUCAGGUGGCUACCAAACAACUACUUUAUAGAUUGUUAGAUCAAUUAUCUCAGCAAGUACCAUGGACACAGACAGAUAUGUGUCAGGAGUGUGGAAAGAAUUUCACAGUAACCAUAAGAAAACAUCAUUGUCGACAUUGCGGUAGAAUUUUGUGUAGUAAAUGUUCAAAUCAAGAGGUACCGAUAAUAAAAUUUGGAGAAAAUAAACCUGUUCGAGUAUGCAAGGUCUGUUUUGAUGUUCUCAAAACUGGUUUACAAAUCUGGAACGCCUGCAACCUUGUGAGAAAUAAAUGUAGAAAUGUGAAAAAGAGAACACUAAAAGGGAAUAUAAUGGCUCAUGUGGAAACUACAAAAUUAAUGAAUCAUUUAGCUCUUUUGAAACAAGAGUAUACUAAACUGCAGGAACGGUAUGAUGAUUUGGAGAAAAAGUAUGGUAAUCUCUCUGCAGCAACUGGAAACUUUUCAAAGGAUACAUCUGCAGACCAGUUCUUGGAAUACAUUGAUAAUUUGUAUAAUUCAAAGACUUACAGUGAUUUAAAGAUAAAACUGGCGAGUCGGAUCAUUCCUGGCCAUAAAUUAGUUUUAAAUGCAAGAUCAGACUUUUGGAACGAGGACGUUUUGGGUCCGAUUGAUAUUCUUGAUUGGUCAAACAUAGAAGAUGAAGUUUCUGAGGCAAUUCUUUUUUGGAUAUAUAAAGAUAAAAUUCAGCUAAAAAGUGAUGAUGUUACUAUAAAAGUAAUUCAGAAAGCUUGUGAAUAUAAACUGCAUGGUUUAUUAAAACGGUGUGAAAGAGACCUUAUAACUAAUGUUAGUGUUGAGAACUGUGUGAAAUUGUAUUCUGUUGCUGAACAAGUUGGUGCUGUUAAAUUGAAGGAAUACUGUUCAGAGGCCAUUUCUAUAUAUUGGAAUGAUCUUAAAUCGAUAGAUUUUGAGCAUAUGUCUGGACCCUUGCUGUAUGAAAUGUUGAAGAGCAAAACACAAUUUCCACUACAUUCUGCAGUUAGACUACUACGUGAAGAUGUUGUCUUUCUUUAUUUGGUUGAUAAUUCUACCAAGUUAAAUAAUUCCAUAAAUACAUGGGACCCAAACGGUGAGCUGCCUUUAGAUUUGGCCCUCAGAGCUCACAAUUUUAAUAUUGCAUCCACUUUACUUCAAUAUAAUGCCGAUAUUAAUUUAUUGGACUCUGAAGGAGAUACUUUACUGCAUAGAACCAUAAAACGGGAAGAUCCAUCAUCUGUUUUAUUUAUUCUUCAAAAUAAACAAUGCGACGUAUCGCUCUGCACUAUGAAUUCCAACGACACCCCUCUUCAUUUAAUAGCUGGAGGAAGUAUAAAAGACUCUUGUACAAUCGUUAACAAACUUUUGGAAAAGGAUGUAAACAUUAACGCCCAAAACAAACAGGGAUUAACGGCUCUUCACGUCGCUAUUAUGUCCAACAACGAUCCAGUUUUUUCGUUGUUGCUAGAACAACCACUUGUUGAUAUAAAUUUAAAAUCAAAUGACGAACACACCCCUUUGUAUUACGCCCUUGUAAAAUACCAAUCGGGCGAUCGAAGUCCAGAAAGUUAUGCUUCGAGAUUAAUUAAAAAGGGAGCUAAAACUAAUCCAAUUUAUUUAAAAAAUGGUAAUAGCUUGUUACAAACACUAAUUAUGGAAGGAGCUGAAGAUGCUGCGAUAUUUUUAUCGAAUUAUGAUAACAAUCUCGAUCAUGUUAAUGAAAACGGAGAGUCCGUUAUUCACACGGCAUGCUUGAAAAAUUGUCCCUUAUUAGUAAAUUCACUUCUCUCUUGCGGAAUGAACGCAAAUUUGCUAACAAACGAUUUAAUGCGGUCUCCACUCCACUAUGCUGUUCUUGGAAAUUCGGCAGACUGCAUUAAAUGCUUCAUAAAAACCAACGAAACUUUAAUAGCAGGUAAUAAGGAAGUGAUGAUAAAUUUUAAUUUAAAAGAUAUCAAUGGCGAUACACCUUUAAGUCUAUCCUUAAAUGAAAACCGUAAGGAUUUACUACCUUUAUUAAUGGAAGGAAAGGGUGACAUUAACAUUAGAAAUUCCAGAGAUUUGACCCUGCUUCAUCAGGCGAUCUUAAAUGAAGAUUCUGACACUGCGCUCUUCUUACUAGAACACGGCGCAGACGUUAAUGCAAUAACUUCAGACGGCGAAACACCUUUACAACUGGCAAUACACUGUCGACUUCCAGAAGUUGUUGAUGCGUUAUGUUCAGAGGGCGUGGAUAUGUCAGCCCCCGAUAGAACAGGGAAUUGUCCAUUGUGGGUGGCGUUAGAUUCCAAUCAAGAAAAUAUAGCCAGUAUCUUGGUCAGACAUGGGGCGGAUACAGAUUGUUGGGGUCCAGGGCCCGAAGGGUGUCGACAAACCCUUUUGCACAAGGCUAUCGAAGAAAAUAGAGAAUCGAUUGCUAUUUUCCUGAUACAAUCAGGUUGCGAUUUAGAUUCCCCUCAGCUCCCAGGACCCAAUGGAGCAGGAGCGGAAAUAGCGAAGGAGAAAGCGUCACCCUUACAUAUGUGUUGUCAGUGGGGAUUGCAGACAGUUAUUCAGGCAUUAAUUGAGCAUGGAGCAAACAUAGACAGUCGCGACGUAGACGGUAAAACCCCAUUGCACAUAGCAAUAGAAAAUCAACAUGCGGCGAUUAUUAAUUUGCUCUUGUGUGUACCAAAUAUUGAUCUAAGUUUGAGAGAUAGAAAAGGAUCAAGUCCGUUUGCUACUGCCCUCACCGUAAGAAAUAAUAAGGCUGCCCAAGCUAUUCUUGAUAGAUUUCCAUCAGCUGCAGAACAAGUAUUGACAAACUUAUUUUUA